UUUUUCUUUAGCAGCGGUUCAUUUAAGCAUUUUUUUUUUGUUGGAAAUGGAAAGAAGAGUUAUAGAAAUGGACUAAUAACAAUUUUCUGAUUCAUAAAUUACAAAUUUGUAAACAGAAAGAAAUGGAGAUCAAACCCUGAUUUCGACUUUAAUAACCAAAGUUAGGUACGAAUUCUCUUAAUGAGGGUUGGUUAGUGGAGAAAAUUCACGUAUUGAAUGACAUCAUGAAUGCAUUGAUGGGGGCUGGCCUCUCUAUAUGGUAGUGAUUAUUAUGAUUGGGAAAUUGAACAUUGUAUCAUAAAUUAGUGGUAUUGUGCUUGCAGGACCGCCUCUUGUAUAUAAUCUUUUAUGAGUUGUAACAACGUAGAAGAAAAUAAAAAUAAUUAAAUUUAAAUAAAUAAAAAUGCUUGUAUCUUUUUUCCUUGUGGAAAAAAAAAAGAUAGAUGAAUAAUAUGACUUAAUUUGUCUUGUUCAUUGAUUUGUGACCAAGAGAAGGUUCAUGGAAGUUGUGGUCCAAUUUGUAAACUGGACCCCCAAAGUUGUAAUAAUUGAGGCAACUUGUCAAGAAAGAUCAGAAGUCUUGUUUGCAAGUUUGCAUAAUCAUUCUCGUAAAUCAUAACAUUUUCGUAAAAUCCAGAGAGAUGGCAGCUUAUGCAGCUCUAGUUUCUCUUAUGAAUACUAUGGAUCAUGUCCAAAAUGAUCCUCGUCUUUCGAGAUAUCUUGACCAGAAGCAGGUUGAAUCUCUUGGUGAGAAGGUUGGUUUCUUGCUUGAUUUCAUAGAGACUUGUCAUUCUCAUGGAGGUAGCAGAGAAGAAGUUUUGGAGAGCCGAAUUGCAUUUGCAGCUCAUGCGGCUGAAGAUGUAAUCGAAUCUCAUGCAGUUGAUGUACUUUUUGUUGGAUCCGUCUUUCCUGAGAGAACUAGUUCGAUUAUUCUGUCCUAUGCGUUGAACGCAAUAGAAGAUAUCAAGAGAAAGGGUAGGAAGACCAUUUCUCCAUGGCGGCUAAAGCUUGGCCUAAGGAAAGUGAUUGAAAAGAUGGAUUCAAUCAAGAAAAAGGUUAUUGAGAUUAAACAAAUAAAAGGAAAUGCGGUGAAUCUCACACAUUCACCGUCUCCUACUUCAUCAACAGCUUUUAUGGGUGCCGAAAAAAGCAAGAUGGUGGGGUUUGAAGACGACUUGCUUCAGCUUAUGGAAAGGCUCACCGGACGACAACCUAAUCGGCAAAUCAUCCCAAUCGUUGGCAUGGGCGGCAUCGGUAAGACCACACUUGCUAGAAAUGUCUAUGAAAAUCCUUUAAUUGUUCAACACUUUGACAUUUGUUGUUGGGUUACGGUAUCUCAAGAAUACAGUGUCAGAAAAGUUCUCUUGGAACUUCUCUCUUGCCAAAUAAAACCCACUAGUGAAAUGGAUGGAAAAGACGAGGCUCAAUUAGGUGAACAAUUGUAUAAAUCUCUAUUUGGUAUGAGAUAUUUGAUUGUACUUGAUGAUAUGUGGAGUAUCGAUGCUUGGGAUAAAAUAAAUCGUUUCCUUCCAAAUAACAACAACCGAAGUCAAGUUGUUGUAACCACUAGACUACUAGAGGUAGCAAAUCAUUUCGGCUCUUCGAGACAUAUGAUGAGUUUUCUGGAUGAGGAUAAAAGUUGGGAACUAUUUUGUCAAAAGGCAUUUGGAAAAGAAGGUAAUUGUCCACUUGAAUUAGAGGGAAUAGGAAAGGAGAUUGUCAAAGAAUGCAAAGGAUUGCCAUUGUCAAUUGUUGUGAUUGGGGGACUUCUUGGAAAGUCCAUUAAUACACGAGAGUACUGGGAGAAGUUUGCAAAAGAAAAAAAAUCAAUUCUUAAUACACGAGGGGGUGAGGAAAGUUUGGACAUAUUAUCUUUGAGUUAUAAUCACUUGCCUGCACAUUUAAAACCAUGUUUUCUUUACAUGGGAGUUUUCCCAGAAGAUCAUGUGAUUAGUGUGUCCAAGCUCAUCAAACUUUGGGUUGCCGAAGGAUUUAUAAAACCAAAUUCAACUCAAAGUUUGGAAGAGUCUGCAGAGGGUUACUUGAAGGAUCUUGUUGACAGGAAUCUCGUUUUAGUUCGUAGGUUGGGGUCGACUGGAAAGAUGAAAACUUGCACUAUCCACGAUCUUUUAAGAGAAUUGUGCUUAAAGGUAGCUCAGAAGGAGAAAUUUCUUUGUGUGACUAGCGUUCUCGACAUUCCACUUGGCAUAGACAAGGGACAACGCAUUCGAAUCUUUCAUGCUUUUGUGUCAACAUUGCUUGACGGUUCUAAUUUGGUAAGCAAAGGGGGCAAGUUGUCAUUGAAAGUAUUGAAUGUGGUUGACAGUGAUUCUUCUUUGCGCGAUAUUUUUGAGCAAAUUAACUUGCGUUAUGUCUGCAAAUCAUAUUCCUUUAGAGCUCUUCCUCCAUCAAUUUCCUGGCUCUGGAAUCUGCAAACAUUAAUUAUUAGAGGCAAGGAAUAUUUUACUGCACCACGUGAGAUUUGGAUGAUGCUACAACUUAGGCAUCUUGAGUUCGAUAAGAUAUAUCUUCUCGAACCUCCUCCUUCGGGUGAUCUCCAAACUACUUUACCAAACCUACAAACAUUUUUCAAAAUCUUGAAUUUGGAGUUGAGUGAGGAGCUAUGUAUGACAAUACCUAAUGUCAAGAAAUUGAAAUUGAAGUAUCGUGAUUUCUCAGCUGAGAAGUACCAUCUCUACAAUCUUGACCUCCUGCAUAAACUCGAAUCACUAAGCUGCUUUUUUCAGGAAGCACCAAAGUGGGGUGAUUUGGUGCAGAACCUCAAAUUUCCAAGCUCGCUCAAGAAGCUGUCUUUAAGAAAUUCCAAUCUCCGCUGGGAAGAUUUGACAGUGAUUGGUUCAUUGCCUCAUCUCGAAGUCCUGAAAUUAAUGGGAUUGAAUUCGAUUGUCGGAAAUGAAUGGAACCCUGUUGAGGGGGAAUUCAUUCGUCUGAAAUUCUUGGGAAUUUACUAUUGUUAUGAUUUGAUGCACUGGAACGCAGACCGCUCCCAUUUUCCAGUUCUUGAGAAUCUUGUUCUUGAAGGAUUGUCGAAAUUGGAUGAGAUUCCUUUUGAUAUCGGAGAAAUACCAACACUUGGCCUUAUUGAACUGGAUGGAUGCAGCGAGUCAGCAGCCAUUUCAGCCGUGAGAAUACUGGAGGAACAAGAGAGUCUUGGGAACGAGGGCCUUCAAGUUCGAGUGAAGUUGUUGGAUAAUGCAAAAGUAGAGAGGUUUGGAGAGAAAGUGAAAGAAGAAUUUGGGAGCUUCACAAGCGGUAAUUUUCAACUUCGUGCCAUAAACAGGUUUUCGUAAGUUUUUUUUUUUUUUUUUUUUUUUUUUUUUU